AUGGCGCAAAGAAAACGUGCAGGCUAUGGCGGUAUCGUGAAAUAUGAGAGGCAGCCCAAGGAAUCGUCGAUGCAAGAGACUGCAGUCGUGCGUGAUCAAAGCGUCAGUUUCCCCGUCAGGCCGUUAGGUCGAGAGCUAGCUGCAAAGGGACCUGGAGGAUCGGAGAAAGGAACUGGGUGCAGCUCACAGGCUGAACUGCCAGAUGCGCUAUUCCAACUGCGUGGAUGUCGGGCGGGCGCGCGUCUGUGA